AUGGACAGCAACGAGAGCGUGUACGAAGCGGAGCGGGUCGAGGGAGCGAUUCAGAUUGCGCACAACCCGAUCACGAACUCAAACUCGAAGCACAUCGAUGUACGGCAUCACUUUAUCAGGGAACUGGUAGAGAGGAAGGAGAUUUCGAUUACGCAUGUGACGUCGGAGUUUCAGCAUGCAGAUUUCUUGACGAAGGCUAUCAGCAAGGAAUCUUUUGCGUUGCACAGAGACUUUGUGAUGAAUUUGCAGUGAAAGAAGUGUUUUCGGAUCAAAUCGUGUUUUUCCGCGGAGUGGAAGAGAGAGGAUAUGUACGGGCUUGAACAAGAGAUGGAGAGAGGCAAGUGGAGAUGGUAGUGCUUUGGAGAGUUAGUGUUAGGGAUUUUUCUUGUUGAUUUGGGAGAGUUGGUAUGCGAUUGAUUAUUUUCGGACGUAUUGUAUUGGUGUUGGGAUUUUGUAUUUUCGUUUUAUUGGUUUUGAUUGUGUUUUGGGAUGAACUGGUAUGAGAAGGAUGACUAUGAUAUUUUCCCGGAGCAUGACGAUGCAUACGAGCAGGGGGGCUAUUCGAUAUACUCGUAGCAUAGUAUGAUGGUUGAGAUGUUAUGUACGUACGUACGAAUAUUGCAGUGAUGAGAUGCGGAUGAACAGGAACUUUCUACAUAUUUUCCUUGGUUGUGAGAGGCUUUUGGUGAGGAUUCAGAGAGCUUCGUUGUGUGAGAAAGCAUGAAGGCGUGACUCGAUACCGUGAUGGUUUGACGAGCACGAGCACGCCCCCGAUUAAUACAACACGACAACACGGAUACAACACGUCUGUACGACUUUACCUACCCCUACGGCCCGUUAUGGCCGAGCUGCUCUACACUCCCAUCGCACACAACUGAGCCACCCGAAUUAUCGAUCACGCCCCCACCGAUGCCGAAAUCGAGUCGCAACACUCAACCUGCUGGGACCGCCCCAACCGAUGCGGUGCAGGAAUCGAGUUGCUACACUCUAGACUACAGUAGUACCUCUUGUGACGGAUGCAAGCUAGCAGAUGCAAGACUCCGUUUGCUGUCUUACUAUCCACACCGUUUACAAUCCCCAUCAGUGAAUAAAUCGAGUUGCUAUUCUCUGCCUCCGGUGAGGGGGGCAAGCUAGUCACAGAAUGUGGUGUCCUGCAGCAGCGGAGGUGGCGGUGCUGCUGUAGCUCGUAGACUUUGUAGUCUACCACAGAGGUUACACUGCUGUCACCGCUCUAUCACAGAGGUUGGUCUACACUGCUGUGAGAUCGGUAGGCCCGAGCGAGCCCUGGAAAGAGCAAUGUAGUAGAUAGAUUUUCUUAUCAACUGACUCCCUGGUCAGGCUUUGAUGGGUGCUAGAUGAGAGUGAGCACAAGGGGCGAAGGCGCGCUUGUGUCUCAUCUCAACAACAAAUC